AUGCACGGACUUUCACGUCUUACAAGAUUCGGCUUCCUUGGACCGAUCUGUCCUCACCAUUCGAUUCGUUGCCAUGGAACAAUAGCUUUGCAGCAUCGUCUUCGGGUUCUUGAUGCACCGCAUAUCGACUGGGCUCGUGAUCCUAGACAUGUUGACCAAGUUGCAUCGGAACUUGAGACUACCGGCAUACUCCAGAUUCGUCUGGGCUUUCCGGACGACUCCAGCGACUACCUCAAGGAACUUGUUCUUAGUUUACACAAACACCAUGAUCAUUGUUUGCCCAUCUCUCACAGUGUAACACGAGGUUGGUUUUGGGAUGUGCGGCCCAAGUCAGCCUCUCAUGCAGGAGCUCAUCAGGCCCGAUCCGAAACUAUGAGUGAAUUCUCAUGGCACACCGACUGCAGCUAUGAGGAUCCACUGCCGAGAUACUUCGCGCUCCAGGUUCUACAGCAUGAUCGGUAUGGAGGGGGAACACUAUCUGCGAUGAAUGUCGCUACGCUCAUUGAGUUUCUGUCGCCGGAAGCACGAAGAGCCUUGAUGGCACCCGACUUCCGGAUCGAAAUACCACUCGAGUUCAACAAGGACCCCACAAAGUCAUUUAUUACUGGCAGUAUUCUCGCGCCAGAUCUCCAUUCGACCAUUAUUCGCUACAGAGGCGACACUAUUACUCCACUGACCACCCGGGCUGAAGAGGCAUUGGAAGAGCUGAGAGCAGUAUUGAUGCGGCGUGAAGUACAGGUGUACUCGACGAUGCAUCUCAGGUCUUCCGACCUACCAAAGGGGUCGAUCAUCUUGAUGGAUAACCGCCGAUGGAUGCACGCGCGGAAUGAAAUCAAGGAUCCAGAGCGCCACCUUCGGAGAAUUGUAAUGUCUCCUAGCCCGACAUAUUCAUUGGCAGACGUGCUUGCUGUCGCACGAAUGCACCCGUUUUACUGUGCAGCUCAGUAUCCUCCAGAUGAAGAUAUCAUCCAGGAUGCGAGAGAGAAAGCUGGAUUGAAGUUAGAACAACCUGAUCUCAAGUCAUGGCCACUGCUUCGGAAAAAGGAUUUAUAUACCGUAAUUGAACGACUUAUCAAUGACACCGACCCGGAGAACACGUAUCGCCACAAUGUCUACACCAGCGUUACAGGCGGAGGAGGCGGUGUCUUGAAACCUUUGUUCUUCGCGACAGAUGCGCUUGAGAAUCGCCGGCAUAGAACCCUCUUUGGCGAGUUCCUAAAGAAGCUCGGCAUCAUUGAGCGUGGGGACUGGGUCCUGUCGACCCAUCACGGCGGCAGCUUGUACAGAUCCCUCGACCUAGCGCUGGAGAUCCUGGAGAAUGCUGGAGCAUCUGUGCUAGCUGCUGGGCACCACUGUCCACCUGCUACUGUGGCACAGAUACUGCAAGACUUCAACGUCAACGUCCUCGCUGGCGACAGCAGUCAGAUCAUAUCUAUUGUUCACCAUAUAUCGGCCAUGCCAGACAGGAAGAAGAGCAUCAGGAUUAGGAAGGUGAUCUAUACGUCCGAGGGGCUUUCCAUGAUGCAAAGGGCUCAGAUCUAUAAAGUACUGGGCCCGGUACUCAUAUACUCCAUACUCGGCAGCGCAGAGGCGGGGCCUUAUGGAGCAAGCAGUCCAUUUCUCGUGGACCUCGACCCCUACUCGAACUAUAACGACUUCAUCAUCGAUACACGAAUGACAAUGAUGGAGAUUUUCCCGCUCUCUUGCAGCGUUGGCGAAAGUGAUUGGAUUCCUGAACGACUACCAGAUGGAGAAACAGGUGUCAUUGCACAAACUGUUCUGACACGUCUGCGCCAUCCCGUAAUACGAUACAUAACUGGCGACAUAGGAUCCCUUCAUCCUUUACCACAAAUGGCCGUUGGACGCAUUGCCAAACACGAUCUGCGUCAUUAUCGCGUUCUUCGCCUGCGGGGUCGCGACCAUCGUUUCAGUUUUAUGUGGGAUGGAUGUGACUUUCAAUUCGACAAUCUUAAUACGGUCUUAUCAGAUCCUCAGUUGGGAGUUCUCUUGUGGCAGGUGAUACUCGACAAGAUGCAGCCGUCACAAGAAAUUUCGUUAGAGGUUCGUGUACUGAACAGUCAGGGGCCAGGCGAUACGGAGCACUUGCAGACACUUUUGGACCGUCUGAAGGCCUGUCUAGAUGUCAGUGCUUUGAAUGCGCACAAGUUCAAGAUGACCUUUGUGAAUGAUGUCCUUGGGUUUGAGCUUAGUGGGACAGGCCGAAAGGUUAUCCGGUUUGUUGACCACUCUUCCUCGUACUGAUAAUCGUAUUCCAAGUCAUAACAAAAUAUCCGUUUAGAAACGUCGAGAGGAUCACUAUCGUAAGUGAUGAAAGAGUGUGAGGCUCUAGGUAUAUGAAGGUCAUAAAGGAGAAGUGCGCACCUGUUUCUAAAUUGCGAGAAAGGACCCCACACAGGAUAUCACGUUUAGUGGUAUUAUUCACACAUGUAACAGGACGGGACCUGUAGCAAACCAACUGUGGUAAAAAUAAACAUACAACUUAUAGCAAGUAGGACUUACAGGCUGCAGUCUCCUCAAACGAGACAUGAAGACAUGGGAAGGUACAAUGAUGAUCCAGAG